GUAAAGUGGCGGAAGACUAGAAUCUCUUCUACUUGUUGGACUAAGUGGAACUUGUGACAACAGCUUGUUCAUUUUCUCCGUCUGUGCGUUUGCCAUUUCCGUUUCGAUACCCCCUAGUGAUCCGACGAGGCAACAGCCGAAGGUUACUUUGGAUUAAGGUCGCUUGGGGAGGCAGAAGGGGGAGGCCCGUGUCCUGGCUAUUCCGGGAUAUAGGGGUCGGGGUUGCAGCCUGCUCUGAAGUGGUGGUGACCGGGGCUAGUGGCAUUGAUAGUAGGGAUUAACGUUUGGAUUAUUUCAAGAUGAGCUUCCUCUUGCCCAAGCUGACUAGCAAGAAACAAGUAGACCAGGCAAUAAAAAGCACUGCAGAGAAGGUGUUGGUUCUCAGGUUUGGGAGAGAUGAGGAUCCUGUCUGUCUGCAGCUUGAUGAUAUUCUUUCCAAGACUGCUUCUGACUUAAGUAAAAUGGCUGCUAUAUAUCUCGUAGAUGUGGACCAUACUCCAGUUUAUACACAGUAUUUUGACAUCAGUUACAUUCCCUCUACUAUAUUUUUCUUCAAUGGACAGCAUAUGAAAGUGGAUUAUGGGUCUCCGGAUCACACUAAGUUUGUGGGAAGUUUCAAAACUAAACAAGACUUUAUAGAUUUGAUUGAAGUAAUCUAUCGGGGAGCCAUGAGGGGAAAACUUAUUGUUCAAAGUCCUAUUGAUCCCAAGAAUAUCCCCAAAUAUGACCUUCUGUAUCAAGACAUUUAA